GAUUAUUGUCACAUUGUUUUGAUGAUAAUAAAUCAUAUUGAAACAAUAUUCAGUCGUAUGACUGGGAAUCUGCAAUCAAAUUGUAGAUGUGUGAAGAGAUUUCAAAGCUAGCCCGAUUGAAUAUGAGGAUGCAACUCGAGUGGUUUGGAUGAGUUACAAGACCAAUUCAAGUUCAACCCAUAAUUGCGAUCUCACACUAGUUCUCAACCAGAAAACAGAAUCCAAAUGAAUCUGGGAUUGUAUCACAGUAAUUAUGCAACUAAUGCCACAUGCACUACCGACUGCACUGAUGAGAAAGAAGACACAACGCAUACGGUACGAUCAAUAAUGUGAUCAACGUGCACACAAAAUUUUAUUAUGCACUAAACUAGAAGUGAAGCUUUAGGGCUAUAAAUUGAGCUCAUGGAGAGAGCUAGCAAAGCUGGCCAACUGCUCUUGCUAUACACCAAAAAUGGAUUCACAAGCUGACCAUCCCAAACUUGAAAUAUUCUUCUUCCCAUACAUUCUCGGUGGUCACUUGAUCCCCAUGAUAGAUUUGGCCAGGCUCUUUGCAUCUCAUGGAGUGAAAGCCUCCAUUGUCACAACCCCUCACAAUGUCCUCCUCUUCCGAAAUGCAAUCCUCAGAGAUCAAGAAUUAGGCCAUGACAUCGGCUUCGUCACACUUAAUUUCCCGGCAGAGGAGUUCGGUUUACCCAAUGGUUGCGAGAACGAGCUCGCCACUACUAAUGGGGACAUGUUCAUUAAGCUGUUCCUGGCUACCAUGAAGCUCCAAGAUCCUCUGAGGAAGCUUCUGUCCGAGACAAAACCAGAUUGUCUUGUCUCGGACAGGCUCUAUCCUUGGACUGCAAAUGUCACAGAUGGGCUUGGAAUCCCAAGGAUUGUGUUCGAUGGGAGUGGUUGCUUCUCUCACUGUGUUGAAGAAAGUCUUAGACUCUAUGCUCCCCAUGAGAAAGUUGUGUCUGAGACAGAGUCUUUUGUUGUGCCCGGACUGCCCAACAAGAUUGAGCUAAAAAGGUCAAUGCUGCCAGACUAUGUCAAAUCUGAAAAUGGAUUCACUCAUUUUCUCAAUGAAGCCCUAGAAGGUGAGAUUAAAAGCGAUGGGGUUGUGGUCAAUAGCUUCUAUGAGUUGGAACAAGCUUAUGCUGAUUAUUUUCAGAAGGAGAUGAAGAGGAAAACAUGGCACAUAGGACCAGUCUCCUUGUACAACAAAAGCAACAUUGACAAGGUUGAGAGAGGGAUCAAAACCUCCAUUGAUGAGUAUAGUUGUUUGAAUUGGCUUGACUCCAGAGAACCCAACUCUGUUCUUUACAUUAGCUUUGGAAGCAUGCCAAGGAUCACUUCAGCACAGCUCUUGGAGAUUGCUCAUGGGCUUGAGGCUUCAGAUCACCAUUUCAUUUGGGUGAUUGGGAGGAUUUUAAAUUACUCAUCAAAAGAGAAACAACAAGUAGAGAUGGGUUUGCUUCCUGUGGGAUUUGAGGAGAGGAUUUCGAAUUCCAAAAGAGGGCUUAUUAUCAGAGGCUGGGCUCCUCAGCUUUUGAUACUUGAACACCCAGCUGUAGGAGCUUAUAUGAACCACUGUGGGUGGAACUCCAUCAUUGAAGGUGUCACUGCUGGUUUGCCUAUGAUCACUUGGCCUUUCUCCUCUGAGCAGUUCUACAAUGAGAGGUUCAUCGUCAACAUCAUCAAAGUUGGGAUUUCAAUGGGAAAUGAGCACUGGGUUCCACUGAAGGAGCUGCCUAGAGUGACCAUAAAGAGCGACAAGGUAGCAAGUGUUGUGAACAGACUGAUGGGCAGGGAAGAAGCUGAAGUGGUUGAAAUGAGAAAGACAGCAGCAGAGUUUAGAGACAAAGCCAUGCAAGCUUUUCAAGAAGGUGGUUCUUCUUACAACAAUGUUGAUGCUUUCAUCGAGGAGCUCAAGUCUCGCCGUAAAGUUCAAAACGGUCAUCUGUAAACACUAUUAUAAAUUUAUAACCAAACCAGCAAUGGAUAGAUGAUCAAGAAAGAUAAGCUAUAGCAGGUCUGUUGGUUUUGGGUCAAAAUUGGAAAACAUGGUUUUGCCUCCUAAACCCUACCCUUUACUGUAUUAUGUUUCUUAUCUUUAGAUUGACAAUACCUUUUGAUUUGGGCAAGUAAGAGUAAGCAAGUCGCUUUAACUUAUUGGGCAAGCACCGUUCAAUCCCUAUCCUAGUGACCAAUUGUUAUGAGCAGCAAUUGGGUUUUAAUUUGUGUAUCGCUUGGACUUGUUUCUAAAUUCUA